AUGUCGAAUAGGAGGGCUGACUGGAUACACAGAAUACCUGACUCAGAAUGGCACGUGGCCUUCGAUUUCAGAGCAAACGGAGAGGAGCGAAGCGGAGGUAAUAUACAGCUUUGGUACGUCAAGCAGGCCUCGGCUGUUGGGACGUCGAGCAUAUAUACUGUUGGAAAAUUUGAUGGUCUCGCUAUCACAAUUGAUACGCACGGAGGCAGGGCCGGCAUUCGAGGCUUUUUAAACGACGGAACCACAGACUACAAAGGCAGUGGUAAUGUGGAUGCUCUUGCUUUCGGUCACUGUGAUUAUCAAUACCGCAACCUAGGCCGUCCAUCAAAGCUACAGGUCAAGCAGUCGAGUCGGGAGUUUGAGGUCUUGAUAGAUGGAAAUACUUGCUUCAAAACCCCAAAGGUCUUCAUUCCCCCAGGGAACGUUUUUGGUAUCACAGCCGCCUCGGCUGAGAGCCCUGACUCAUUUGAAGCCUUCCGCUUUGUAGCUACCACCUAUCCUGGCAGCAACCAACAUCAGGAGAGAAGCCACGAGUCCCAGCAAAGACCUGGCCAGGCCAACUAUGAUAAGGCACCAACUGGUAGCAACGUGGAUAUCAAGGAUCUCCAGGAUCGGCUCCAAGCCAUCUCUAGUACAACCAACAAGCUAAUUGAUGAACUACACGCUCUAUCAGCUACCAGCGAUGAUAGGCUGAAGGAGAUCAUCCGCAUGGUUUCUCACCGCGACCAAGUGAGCAGCGUGGACCAGAGACUUCAGCGCGUAGAGCGAAUGGUCGAGUCUAUGCAGAGGGAAAUAGAGGGCAAGGAUUACCAUCACCAGUUCAGACAACUGCAAGACCUGUUGCAUACCUCUCACUCCGGCCUGUUGGAUACCCUCCACGAUUCAUCUCACCGUAUCAUCUCCGCCGCACCACGCAUGGGCUUCUUUAUUAUCCUUAUAAUUGCCGUCCAGCUUCUGCUCGCGGUUGCUUACAUCCUCUACAAGAAACGUAGAGCCAGCAUGCCGAAGAAGUUCCUAUAG